AUGGCCGAUGCCGAGCUUCGUCAGCGAAAGGCCGCCGGCCCAGCCUCCGAUGACACAAGCCCCAAAUCAUCCGAGCCGGAGCCAAAACCAAAAUCUAGACGCCGCCUCGACGACGACGACGAGUACAGUCCCUGGGUGGACAUUCUCCGCGUCCUAUCUUUCCUCCUCGUCGCAUCAUGCGGCUUGAGCUACGUGAUUAGCGGAGGCGAAAGCCUCUUCUGGGGCAUGAAGGACAAGCCCCAGUACCUGCGUGUCGGGUGGUGGAAGUCCCAAUUCGAACUGCUGGCGUACGACGGCAGCGACGCCGAAAAACCACUGUACCUGGCCAUCAACGGCACCAUCUACGACGUCUCCAGCAACCCCAGGAUGUACGGCCCCGGCGGCUCCUACAAUGUCUUUGCGGGCCGCGACGCUGCGCGCGGGUUUGUUACAGGAUGCUUUGCUGAGGACCGGACGGCUGAUCUGAGGGGCUUGGAAGAGAUGUUUCUGCCGGUGGACGACCCAGAGGUGGACAAGUACUUCACCACGGCGGAGAUGGAGAAGAUGCGUGAGGAGGAGCUGGCCGCGGCCAGGGAGAAGGCGCACGGGGCGCUGCAGCACUGGGUCAAAUUCUUCGCCAACAGUAAGAAGUAUCAUCGGGUGGGGUAUGUCAAGAGGGAGGAAGGGUGGCUGGAGAAGUUGCCGAGGAGACAGCUGUGUGCGCAGGCGCAGAAAAGGAGACAGAAGAGGGUGCGUAAGCAGACUUGA